AUGCCAUUGAAGCUGCUGCAGGUCACGCCAUCCUGCCUUUCACUGAGAGCUGUGGCUGACUUUCUUUCGCAAAGUCACCAUUUAGUGCCCAGCAGAUCCAGCACCAUGUGUAACCGAUUUGUGGGUACCUGGAAGCUGGUCUCCAGUGAAAACUUUGAGGAUUACAUGAAGGCUCUAGGGGUUGGUUUAGCCACCAGAAAACUGGGAAAUUUGGCCAAACCCAGUGUGAUCAUCAGCAUGAAGGGUGAUAUCAUAACCAUCAGAACUGAGAGUACCUUUAAAAACACAGAAAUCUCUUUUAAGCUGGGCCAUGAAUUUGAAGAAACCACAGCUGAUAACAGGAAAACAAAGACUACUAUAAACUUAGACAGAGGAGCAUUGAAUCAGGUCCAGAAAUGGGAUGGCAAAGAGACUACAAUAAAGAGAAAGUUGGUGGAUGGAAAAAUGGUGGUGGAAUGCAAGAUGAAAGGGGUUGUUUGCACAAGAAUCUAUGAGAAAGCAUGAGAAUACUCCAUCUCCUAACUCAGGAGGAAGUUAAUGUGGAAAAUCAGGCUAGAUCAAUAAGCCAAGCCUGAUGCUGCUGCUUUCUUGCUCUUUUCAUUUGUACCUAUCAGGAAAAGGACUAAUUUGUGGAAUUGUAUUUAAAAGCUGGAUUGUAACUAAUUUAAACUGCCAUAGUCAUCAAGAUGAAAGCAAUACAUUAUGUGGGUAUAUUUACUUCAUUUAAUCUAGUAGCAGUAGCUAAGCUCAAAGAGUUGAGUAUAUCACUUAAUAUAUUUGGAAAGUCUUACUCUUAUUGAUGAUCUCUGUGAUGGAUUAGACAUGAUGCCAGUAAUCAAGAUUCCAAUUAAAAUAUAACUCAGAUCAAAUAGUCAUUAGGAACACACAAUUGGUUGAAGACUAGAUACCAUUAUAGAUUCAAGUUCCUCUAUACAUGGUUUCAAAAAGCUCUCUUAGUUUCCAAAUCUCAAAAAAGAGUCUAGAUUUCAAAUAUAGUCCAGAUGGCAGAUGAAUCUGGUUCAAUUACAGGAUUAAAAAAUGUAAUUUGUCUCUUUGGAUAUAGAGAUUCUAGGUCUUGUCACCUAAACAAAUAAGGUUUAUUGCAAUAAAUAAAUAGUUCUCCAAUGUAAUGAAAUAGUAGUUAAUUAUUCUAUAAUCAAUAGUAGCUAAUUAAUCUGAAUAUGAACAAAUUCAUUAGAAUUCCAUAAAGUCUUUAACAAGUACUUACAAACUUCCAUUACUUCCAGUACUUACAAAGUACCAUUAUUUCAUUAGUGUGUUUACUACCUUCACCAAUGUAAUCUAUCGUAUCCUGUAUGACUUAAUUGAUUACUCAGCAGCUUCUUUGGUCAAAUGAACUCAUUGCCUAGUACCCCAACUUUUCCUCUUGGGCAUCUCAAAACUAAUAAAAUAGGUUGGUUCUCCAGGUGAGACACAGCCUAUUCAUAGCCUUGCAGUUUCUUAGGACCUGUCAGACUUGUGUUUUGAGAAACCAAGGUGACCUCUGUGAACUUCAGUGAAGGAAUAAAAUAUAUGUCUCUUUCCCACCCCCACCCCCUCCAAGUAUGCUUCUUUGUAGAUGCCUUAACUGGCCUUAUUAACAGUUUCUUUGACAUGCCUUAGUUUUAUAUGCCAAUGGGCAAUUUUAACCUUCUCAUUUAUUUUCCUCUUGAGGCCUAUCCUCUGCAAUAAUUUUCUCCUUUCUAAGAAAAACAUCUUUCAAAAUCUUGCCAUCUUAUUUUUCUUUGACCUCAAAAAAGAGCAACCAAGGGCCCAUCCUUGAGCCCCCAGGGAAUCGACCCCCAUAUACAAUCGGAACUACUUAUCCAUGGAUUUCAGAAAAAGAUUUCAGAAGUCUAUGUCAGUUGUUUUCAUUUGCCACUGAGAUAUUAAGCCAACAAGUCUCCUUAGGGUAUCACUAACCUUGUCUGGUUUUAGUUUCUAUCAAAAUAAACUCAUUAAAGGGGGGGAAUGAAAAGCAACACUGCCAUUUUCAGAGGUCAGUGGUAAUUGUAAUUUCCUACUUCAGGAAUUCUGU